CUCUCUCUCUCUCUCUCUCUCUCUCUUUUUUCUUUUUCUCUUUCUUUCUCUAUCAAACCACAUAUAUAUAUGCCAACAAUUCUUCAUAAAUUCUAUUCACAAGAAAGGCACCGUCCCCAUUUCUUUAGUAUCCAAAAAACUGCAGUUCUUGCAUCACUUUUUACCUGGAAAAACUAGAUCUGAACCUCGUCUCUUUCCCCUAACCCUAAUUCCUGAUAAGGGUUUCAACAACAUUUUUCUAGGGUUUCCUGGAGGUGAAGAUCCGCAGCUUUCAAAAGGAUUGUUGAUGAGGUCCGAUGGAGUGAAGUUUCCGGCAAGAACUCCGACGAACUCCAUUCUUUGUCCCAGCAAAAAAGUCGAUUGAAGAAGAAGACUAGCGUUUUUCGAGCAGCUUCAACGACAACGUAUAUACGAAUAGGUGAAGAUGUUUCAGCCAAACAUGUUCGAUAGCCACCACCACUUGCUCGACAUGGGGCAUAAUAAAACCCCGGAAAACGAAAUGGACCUUAUUCGAGACGAUGACUACGAAAGCAAAUCGGGAACCGAUAUUAUGGAGGCACCCUCUGGCGAUGAACAAGACCCUAACCAACGCCCUAACAAGAAGAAACGCUACCAUCGCCAUACUCAGCAUCAGAUUCAAGAAAUGGAAUCGUUUUUCAACGAAUGCCCUCACCCCGAUGACAAACAAAGGAAGGAGCUAGGUCGUCGGUUAGCAUUGGAGCCUUUGCAGGUGAAAUUUUGGUUUCAAAACAAACGUACGCAAAUGAAGGCCCAACAUGAACGCCAUGAGAAUACUCAGCUGAGGAACGAGAACGACAAGCUCCGUGCCGAAAAUAUACGGUACAAAGAAGCCCUAAGCAACGCCGCAUGUCCAAACUGUGGGGGGCCAGCUGCCAUUGGUGAAAUGUCGUUCGACGAGCAGCAUCUCAGGAUUGAAAACGUUCGUUUACGAGAAGAGAUUGAUAGGAUAUCUGGAAUAGCUGCGAAAUACGUGGGCAAGCCAAUGAUGACAUACCCUAAUCUUCCCACACGUUCGCUUGAUCUUGGAGUUGGGAACUACGGGCCUCAAACGGGCCUUUCUAGUGAGGUUUUUGGAGCUGCCGAUCUUCUUAGGUCGGUAACGGGCCCCACAGAUGCUGACAAGCCUAUGAUUAUCGAGCUUGCAGUUGCAGCUAUGGAGGAGUUGAUAAGAAUGGCUCAAAGUGGAGAGCCGUUGUGGAUUCCUAGCUCCGACAUUAACUGCGGUGAGCUCUUGUGUGAAGAGGAAUAUUCUCGGAUAUUCCCUCGUGGGAUCGGACCUAAGCCUUUGGGCUUGAAAUCGGAAGCCUCGCGCGAGUCGGCUGUUGUUAUUAUGAAUCAUGUCAACCUUGUCGAGAUUCUCAUGGAUGUGAAUCAAUGGACAAAUGUGUUUGCUAGCAUUGUUUCGAGAGCGGUGACUUUGGAGGUGUUGUCUACCGGUGUGGCUGGCAACUAUAAUGGCGCUCUACAAGUGAUGACUGCGGAGUUCCAAGUCCCGUCUCCUUUGGUCCCGACACGAGAAAACUACUACAUAAGAUAUUGCAAGCAGCACAGCGACGGAACAUGGGCGGUUGUCGAUGUUUCUUUGGACAACCUAAGACCUUCUUCGAUAUCGAGAUGUAGGAGACGCCCUUCCGGUUGUUUGAUUCAAGAAUUGCCUAAUGGCUACUCCAAGGUAACGUGGAUCGAACAUGUUGAGAUAGACGACAGAGCGGUGCACAGCAUAUACAAACCGCUAGUGAACUCGGGGCUCGCUUUCGGAGCAAAGCGUUGGGUGGCAACUUUGGACAGGCAAUGCGAACGCUUAGCGAGUUUAAUGGCUAAUAACAUUUCGGCGGGAGACGUUGGCGUGAUAUCAUCACCAGAAGGUAGAAAGAGUAUGCUGAAACUUGCUGAAAGAAUGGUGAUGAGCUUCUGCACUGGUGUCGGUGCUUCGACUGCCCAUACGUGGACGACCCUAUCCGGAAGUGGCGCGGACGAUGUUCGGGUCAUGACCCGGAAAAGCAUGGAUGACCCGGGUCGGCCACCUGGCAUUGUCCUUAGUGCUGCUACUUCUUUCUGGCUACCCGUUCCCCCCAAACGAGUCUUUGAUUUCCUCCGUGAUGAGAAUUCUAGAAGCGAGUGGGAUAUUCUGUCAAACGGGGGCCUAGUUCAAGAAAUGGCCCACAUUGCAAACGGCCGUGAUCCUGGGAACUCCGUUUCUUUACUGCGGGUCAACAGCGCAAAUUCGAGCCAGAGCAAUAUGCUGAUUCUGCAGGAGAGCAGCACCGAUUCGACGGGGUCGUAUGUGAUCUACGCGCCGGUGGAUAUAGUGGCAAUGAAUGUUGUCCUCAGCGGGGGCGACCCGGAUUACGUGGCACUGUUGCCGUCGGGUUUUGCAAUACUACCAGAUGGGCCCACUGAUCCGACGGUGGGGAUUAAUCCGGAGGUGGGAUCUGGUGGAUCGCUGCUCACCGUUGCAUUUCAGAUACUGGUUGAUUCCGUUCCAACGGCUAAGCUUUCUUUGGGUUCUGUUGCAACUGUUAAUAGCCUCAUCAAAUGCACUGUCGAGAGAAUCAAAGGCGCUGUCCUCUGUGACGUGGCCUGACCAAAUAAUAAAUUAAUCAUUUUCCAGAGGGAUUUGUUUACUGUAAGAAUUAAGAGAAGGGAAGAAGUCAAGAACGCACCUUGUGUAAUCCUGGUAUUGUGCAAAGGGUAAUAGGUUCGGGUAUUGACUCUGCACCGGUUAAGGAUUAAAGUAAACAAAAACCCUUGUUUAAUUAAUUAAUUAAUUGUAUGCAUUGUGCACUUUUCUUAAUUAGGGCUAAUUAAUGUUGUGUUUUGAAGGAGGUUGGUUAAUUUAAUUAGUUUAAUUAAAGUUUGUAGACCAUGUAUUAUCCUCAAUCUUGGUUUCUUUAAUUUUCCGACCACAUUUUGCCUCACUUGAUUUAUUCUAUAAUAUUGUUUAAUUA